AUGAUUGAAUACUUACAAUUAGGAUCUACUAUAGCGACUAUAUCAUUAAGCAUUGCACUUGGAACACUAACAAUAAUAUCGAAUCAACAAAAUGUAUAUCAUUUGAUAUUAACAAUCAGUUCAUUUAUUAUUCCAUUAUAUUCAAUAAUCCCAAUCAUUUAUUCCAAUGUUAUCUCUAUAUCAAUACAACUAAUAUUUUCCAUUUUCAAUAUAAUAUCCGGUAUAUUAUUCAUAAUCAAUGUUCCUCAUAAACAACUUUAUUAUAUCCCAAUCACAAUUAUAUUUAUUGUUAAUUUGGUGUUUCUUAUAGCUUCAUUUAUAAUGUUACUACUGUGGAUGAUCAUACUGAAAACAGGUUUAAAUAAUACAAACGAAGAAUCAGAAAUUUAUCUGAAUGAUUUGAUUUCCAAAAAGACUUCUGAAGCAACUUUAUACAAUACCAACCCAGCCAUCAUAGCCAACAACAUCAAUACUGAACCAUCUUCAGAAUAUUCAAUGGAAAAUGAUUGGAUCAAUUCUAAAGAUAAAAUAACUCUUGCUUUACCUCCAAAUGCCACACCAAUAAAUUGUGAUUUUAGUUAUUAUUUGGGAAGUAAUGCCAAUUCAGUACGCGGAGAUUUAGAUAAUGCAAGAAGUAUACUCAUGGUCAACCUAGAGGAUCAAGACACCAAGGCAAAUCAACAAUUGAAACGACAACGAUGGAAAUCUAUUCAUGAUGAGAAGAUUAUGAUUGCAAAUUUGAAUCAAAAUUUAUUACCUGGUGUUCUUAAACAGAAUAUAUCUGAUGAUUAUAGCAACACAUUAACUGGGUUAGAAAAUAUACCUUCUAGCACAAAUUUGACCACCGCAAUAGUGAGAAAAAUUGACGGCACACCAACAAAUAUCCCUGAAAUCAAUAUGGAAGAACUCAAUAAUUUGCAACAGAUAUCUGGCUACAAUAUUAUCGAUGGAAGCUCCAAUUUGAUUGAUGGAUCACAAUUAUUUGAUAAAAAAACGAGUAUCAAGAGUGAACUUUAUCAAGGAGAAUAUUUGUUGCCUCCAAAUGAAGUUGUGGAAAAUAUUGAUCAAUUAAGUGAUAUUACUUCCAAGAGACCUUCAAUUCUGAAUCGAAGUUUCAGUGAACCUUCAUUAUAUGAAAAUGGUGCACCUUCAUUAUACACUUUCAGAAAAUCAAGUAGUCCUAAACCUAUCAUUACUCCAGUAUCCACCAAUAUUGAAGAAUUUCAAUUUGAAAAUGAAAACAAACUUGCACCUGAACCAAAGACACCACCUCAACAACAACAACAACAAUCAAGAUCUAGACAACCAUCAACAAGAACUUCACCAAUAAGGAAAUUCUUACAUGACAGUAGUCCUAAACGAAUUUUCAAAUCUAGAUCGGUAGUCGGACCAAAUUUCCAUAAACAUUCAAAUUCAACAAUUUCCAAUACAAUGUCUUUGAAAUCUUCAUUUUCAUCUUCGAGAUCAACAUCACCAAAUAAAUUGAAAUCAAUACUCAAAUUACAUAAACAUAGUACCAGUGUACCCAAUUUCCAAUUCCAUGACAAUUCAUGGACUCAUUCACAUCCACAUCAGCAACAUUCAUGGUAUUUGGAUAAACAUAGUUUCCAUUCAAGUCAUCAUCUGAAAGUAAUUGCUGAACCUAUUGAUUUAUGGGAUAUUCAAACUACAAAUUUUGAUAUUAAUGAUGUAUACGAAGUACAACCAUUUGCAUUAGCACAACCACCACAAAUAUCAUCAUCAUCAUCCGCACAACCCAAAGAGAAAGAAAGUAGAACCAAAAAAGUUAAAAACAAUGAACAAGACAAAGAUGAUGACGAAGAUGAUGAAGAUGAACAUCAUCAAACAAAUCAAGAAUCAAGAAUUAGUAGUUUACCUAGUCAAGUGUUUGGUGAAUAUGAUAAAGAAAAAUGGGAUACUUUAAAAACAUUAGGAAAUAAAAAUUCUCAUACAGUAGCUGUAUAG